AUGAUUUAGAUUUUGAGCAAUUUUAGUGAUAUAUACAAUAGGAACAUCAUCAAUGUUAAAAGCACGAUUUGAAAUUUAUUGAUAAGGAAAAAGAUCAUAGUUAUGAGAAAAAUUAAAAUAAACAAAAAAUAGAGAGUCAUAAAGAGAGAGUCAUAAAGAGAGAGAAAAAGAAAAAAAAUGUAGUAAAAACAAGAAGAAUGAGAAAAUGGAUAAUAAAAUCAUUAUUAAUUAAUACGGUAAAAGAUCAAAAUCAGCAUCUAAAUCAUCUAAGAAAAAAAAGAAUAAAGAAAGAUCAGGAUAGAGAAAAAGAGAAAGAAAAAUAAUGAU